CGGGUUUCCCUCUGGGGCAGAGACGGGCACGUUUCAUUUCCACCCCAGCCCCUGCUGCGUGCAGUGGAGACAGAGCCGCCGCUGCUGGGGAGGAAGCACGGAGCGAGCUGGGGGCGGCACGGCACGGCACUGGGCACCUUCCCCGGGCAGGGCACAGACUGGCUCGCCAUGGCUCCAAGUGCCUUGAAGACAACGUGGGGCAGCAUGGAGGUGGCCCUGACCGGCAUCUGCGCUGUCGUGCUCUGCUGCGGCCCUGUGCUGGCUGGGUGCCGCCAGGUGACCUUCUUCCCAGCAGUGUUAACUUGCCCUGCAGGCAGCUCAGCCACCUUCUUCUGCAAUAUCUCCAUGGAGAAUGACUCUGGCUCAGAGUACAGCCUCAACUGGUACAAGGAGAUGAACCACAGUCAAGGCCAAAAAAUUGCUGAGAUCAGCCGGAACAACCACCAGACAAAGACAGAGAAGUAUGUGCUCACCAACCACAAUCCUGCCUUCAAGAUUGAGAUCCUGAACCUCCACCAGAAUGACUCAGGCUCCUACUACUGUGGACUGAUCACUUUCUUUGAACCUGAUAAAGUGAUGGAGAGCAACCGGUCCCACCUGGUGGUCACAGCAGCCCCUGAGAAUACAAAUGCUACUGAUGAGCCUGAGAUGGAGGAAGGCAACCCCCCAGACCACAUCAAGGCUGUGCUCCUGGGCAUCCUGCUGCUGGCUGGGGUGGUUGUGCUGCUGAUGUUUGGCUACCUCACAGUCACAUACAGGAGAGGAGAUGUGCAGAAACCACCAAGUGAAAACACACCAGCGAAGGAAGAGAAGCCCCCUGUGGUGUCUGUGUCCACUGUGGACUAUGGUGUGCUGGAGUUUCAGUGGGACCAGUGCAGCCAGCUGCCCCCCGAGACCCAGCUGGCUGACCAGACUGAAUAUGCCACCAUUGUCUUCCCAGAGGAGAAACCUGUCACACCAGAGCGGGGAAAGAAACACCAGAAUGAGAGGACUUGGCAGCUGCAGUCACAGCCCUGCUGAGGGCUGGGGUCUCUCCCUACUGGGGACUGCAGGCAUGGACAGACUGCCAUGGCCCCUUGCUCCCACCACAGUUUGGAGUUAAGAAAAAUCCAUUGUGCCAGGACUAGAGUGAUAGAGGCACUGCUGCUGGAGUUGCUAUCGGACAGUGCUGCCCAUGGUAGGAUCGCAGCUGUGGGGUGGGUACCACGGGAUGAGGAAGAUCCCCACUGGACUGUGUGCCGCAUCUUCCUCAGGGCAGGGAAGAUUGGGUAGGACAGAGCAGCAAUGCCAGUAAGUCUGUCCCAAAGGUGAUUUACAUCAUACCUCAGUUUUCUACCUCCACUCGGGGAUCUCAGCAGUGUCUACGCUGCCUCCCUCACCCAGGUCUGACCCAGCUGGUAAAGCAUGACUGUGGGAGAAAACACCAGAGGCUGGCACUGGAGUGUGUCCUGGGAGAUGCUGCUGAUGGCUUCUCCUCACCCGGAGCAGAGACUGCCUUAUGUACAGCUAUUUAAAGAAGCCCUUGGGAAGUGGGUGGCUGGUUUUCCUUCUGUCUCCAGGUACUUUCCUCCCCUGCAAGAGGAGAAGCCUACCCCUGUGGCCCUCUCUUCACAGGUGGGAGAUGGAUCUGGUCAUAGGGGUGAAUAAAGAGUUUCAUAUCUGG